AUGAGUAAACCGUUUGUGGCCCACACUUACAAAUCCGAGUGCUUGUGGUCUAUGGACAGGGCAUCGGUGCCUCAGGACCCGCACCAUUACGACUCACCCAAACCCAAGCCCAAGAUACUGACCAACAUAUUGGACCAGAUCGGGGACACACCACUCGUGCGACUCAAUCGGAUCCCCAAAGAGUAUGGUGUGAAGUGCGAAGUGUUGGCCAAAUGCGAGUACUUGAACGCCGGCGGAUCCGUUAAGGACAGGAUCGCCGUGAAGAUGGUGUGCGCGGCCGAGAGGGACGGCCUACUCAGAGAGGGAGUGACGAUCAUUGAGCCCACGAGCGGUAAUACGGGUAUUGGGUUGGCGUUGGUGGCGGCCGUCAAGGGAUACAAAUGUGUAGCCGUUCUGCCGGAUAAGAUGUCCGACGAGAAGGCGUAUGUAUUGCGCGCUUUGGGCGCGAGAGUCGUGCGGACGCCGACGUCCGCGUCCGUCGACUCGCCGGACGGUCACAUCCAAGUGGCGCACGAGUUGUGCCGUCAGACCAAGAAUGCGGUCAUUUUGGAUCAGUACGGGAACGCCAACAACCCGUUGGCUCAUUACGAAACCACCGCCCAAGAGAUUAUCCAACAGUGCGACCAUAAGGUGGAUGUGGUGGUCGCGUGCGCGGGAACUGGCGGUACGAUCAGCGGCAUUGGACGCAAGCUUAAGGAGGUGUUGCCCGACUGCAAAGUGGUUGGUGUGGACCCGUACGGGUCGAUACUCGCACAGCCCAACGCUAUCAACAAAUCCGACAUCACUUCAUACGAAGUGGAGGGCAUUGGAUCCGAUUUCGUGCCAACGGUUUUGGACAGAAGUGUUGUCGACGAGUGGUAUAAAUCGGAGGACAAGUCGUCGCUAGAAAUGGCGCGACAGUUGACCGCAAAGGAAGGCCUUCUGUGUGGCGGCUCUUCCGGCGCAGCAGUCGUGGCCGCUAUGAAGGCGGCCAAAGAGCUCCGGGAGGACCAGCGCUGUGUUGUCGUACUUCCCGAUGGAGUUCGCAAUUAUAUGACAAAGUUUAUGGACGACAAUUGGAUGGCUGAGCGUCACUUCGCCACUAAUGCUCAGGAGGAAGAGGACCGGAAGCCGUGGUUUUGGAACGAAUCCAUCGAAAGCUUAGUGAAGGACAUGGAUGUGGUGAGCGUCGGCCCCAACAGCACGUGCUUCGACGCCAUCUCUAUAAUGCGAAGCCAUGGUUACAAUCAGCUCCCGGUGCUCAGCGAUGAUGGCCUACCGCUGGGAAUGAUAACCGUCGCGCAUAUUAUGGCUAAAAUGUCUGGACAUACGGUUACGAUGAAGAGUCCGAUACGAGAAAUGUUUCUUAAGGAUUACCCAAAAGUUGAAAGGAAUGGCAAAUUGGGAUCAAUUUCGCGCAUUCUUAAGACCAGUGCAUAUGUGGUUGUGUUGGACGUGUCCGUAAAGAGCCAACGGAUCGUCGCAAUCAUCACUCUUAUCGAUAUUCUUAACUAUUUGACUUUAUUUCGUUAA